UGAGAAGCGCGGGAAGCUGCCUGUUUGCUUUGAUGUGAAUCUGCGCGUCGCGAGCUGCUCAACUUCACCUCCUUAUUUACAUUUUACACCCGGUGCUGCUGGUAAUUUGAAAUGCAGCUCUCCAAGUUUGUGAUAAAGUGUGGAAGUUUUGCUGUGCUGGUGGAUCUUCACGUUCUUCCUCAGUCUGGUGAAGAGAGCAGCAGCAGCUGGUUCUCUGAGGAGCACAGAGAGGAGGUGAGCGCUCUGAUAAAGGAUGCUGUAGACCAGAGAGUGAGACAGUUUCUGGAGGCCAGACAAGGUCCAACCAAACAGAAGAAAGAGCUUUCACCUCACAACCCUCUGUGUAUUAAAGGAGGAGCUCUGCUGCUGGCAGCGUACUUCAUGAAGAGACACGUCAAUCUGCGCUGUGUUCUCAGACACAACCGCCACAAACUGCGUGUUUUUCCUGAACGGUUUGUGGUGUGUGUGAGCAGAUCUGAUGAAAACACAGCUCCUGCUGGAAGCACCAAACCGGACGUGACGGAGCAGAGUGGACCGAGCAGGUCGGGGUAUUUUUCCAGCUCCAGAGAAACCCUGCACCCGUUAAACAUCUCCACAAUAACAAAGAUGGCCGCCCUGCAGAAGAUACGAGCCAGGCAGGUCGACGCCCAUCCUCCAACAGAACCAGAACACGAAACCCACAACCAGAACCAGAAACAGGGGGCUGCAGUAACACAGACAGCAGCUGACGGAGUGGAGGAGGUAGGGGCACUGGAAGAGGAAGAUGAGGAUGUGCAGAGGGGUCAUGAGGCAGACAAGGUAAAAGCUGAUGAUAGUGAUACAGAGAAGAUCGAACAGGACUUUCAGGUUGGGGAAGGUUCAGUUCAGAGUUCUGGAGAACAUCACGCUCCUGAACACGAACCAAACGUCCCCCCGAAUCCCAAGACGACUCGGCGGAGGAGACGCCUCCCGAGCAGCCCUGGCCCCGCCCACCAACAGGCCAAGCGGGUGUGUCUCCGGGAGCCUGGCGGCGGCUCGGGCAGACCUAGCUCGCGGAGCUCCGAGCUGGGCCCCAGGUCCAGUCGCCCCGGUGCCAGUGCUGGAGCUGGUUCUGGUUCUGAAGGGGUUCUGGAAGAGGAGCUGCUUACUCAUGGAAAACAGCCCCAGCCCCUCCCCCUUGGCAGCAGCAUCUCAACCAAACACAUCACCCAUAGUCUGAGAGUCCUCUCCGCCGAGUCCGAAUCCUCCGGAUCCUCUACCGGACCCAGAACCGCUGCAGACAAGAAACCCAGCGCUCCCAGAGUCUCCCGAUUACGCAGAGUCAAAAAACCCUGAGAGAGACCACAUUACUCGACACACUCAACCAGUCAACCAAUCACGUACGCAGAGGACUCUUCUGUAGCAUAAGAUAUUAAUAAUAAUAAUAAGAAGAAAUAUAGCCGCAAGCGGCGAUUUACGGGGUGAAAGCAGCAGAGGAUCCCUGACACCACCGGGAUACACGUUUCUCUACGCACAACUCAUCGCCCAAUCAACCAAUCACCUACGCCAAGGACUCAGCACAUUUCAAUAGUAUUUAAUAAAAAUAAGAAGAAGAAGAAGUAGAAGCAGUGGGCUUGUAAUUCUUUAGAAUCUUCAACGUGUUUAAUCAUCUUACAUAAAAAAACUUAAUUUUAAAAUUAAAACACAUUUUUAAACAAUAUCUAUGUAUUGGUUGUUUUUGUAUUAUUUUUUUGAUCAUACAGAUACAGUCCCUUUUACAAUAUAUCUAUUCAAUAGUACCAUAUGUUUCACACUAUAAAGCACACUGGAUUAUAUAUUAUAAGGUGCAUUAUGCGACACAAGUAAGGAACAGGGGGUUCGCUAUGUUUCCCUGGAUGUUAAUCUACACAGAUUUCUCUCCUGAAACCUGUCUCUGCUGUUUAUUUAGGUGAGUUAAGCACCUAGAUUUUCAGAUUUCCACUAAAGCUGGAGCAUUAGCAUUAGCAGCUAAUGCCACCUGACAGGGACUCUGAGUGAUCUGGUUAGCCAGGGUGAUAUCAGCUAGCAGUUUGUCCCACGGAUCUUGUCUUAACACGGUAAACACACAGACUACAGUCUGAUAUACUCACCUCUGAGCGGUGAAAGAGCUAGUUCUUAGCUGUGGUUAGCAGCUAAUGCUAAUGCUCCUCCAGUCUCGGUGCUGGAGAAACUUUACUGAAACUCCUGUAUAACUUUGUACUUCAGUGGAGUGGCUUUACUGCUUUUUAAUAUCUGACUAGUAGAAUUUAUACAUAAGGAACACCAGAUUAUAAGGAGCUCUGAUUAUGUUUGGGGAAAUUAAAGGAGUGUAAAGUAGUCAAUGUACAGCUACAGUAUAACAGUGUAAAUAUACUGUUCCCUCAAAAUAACUCAACACACAGACAUUUCCUCUGUUAUUAUUAAUAUUUUCCAGCACUGCCUUAACCCUCUUGCUUAUGGAUUUCACUAGAGCUUUUCUGAGACCUUGCUUUUCUCCAACUACUGUUUGAGGAUGCCCCACUUAUUAUGCUCAAUAAUUUUUUAGGUCUGGAGAUGCUUGGCACCUUACGCUUCAGCUUUUUCUGCGAGGCAGUUGUCACAGGACAUGAUUCCAGUAAUCCAUGCUCUUGAACUGCUUGGUCUUCAGUAAACUGUUUACAGGCUUUCUUGUGCAUCAGCUUCAGAAGAGGCCUUCUUUUCAGACGGUUCCAUGCAGACUUGCAGAGUUGAUGCAGUGUCUGGUGUAUGAUCUGAGCACUGUACCGAACUGACCUCCCAAUUCUUCAACCUCUGCAGCAAUGCUGGCAGCACUCAUAGGUCUACUUUUAAAGCCAACCCUUUUAUAUUCACACAAAACAUGUGGACAAACUGCUGUAUGAUUCAGAUAAUUGAGAAGUGUAAUGAAUACUUAGUAUGAAUAAAUAAAUGAAUACCAUAUCAA